GGCCAAUAUUAUUUUUGUUGUGUAGACCGCAGCACUGCCCUGCUACCUGCUGUAGGUUUGCUGGGAUAUCAAGCUUAAAGUGUGGAGUUGUUGGAUCCUUUCCUUUUCCUUUAAACCUUGGACCCUUUGUCCAGACAGAGAAAACACAUAGGCAGAAAGAAACGUGGAUAUUAAAGGCUCAUCCCAGGAGCAGCCUGCAGCAUGUCUGGAUCUAUACCCUUCUACCAGAAGCACCAUCGCCACUUUGACCGUGGCUACCGUAGCAAGGAGACGGAGUCCACUGUGAGCCAGUACCAGUCCAGCAGCAGAUACACUGCUGGCAGCAGCGCCUCCAUGGUCAGCAGGAGUAGGGGAUAUAAAGUGUCUUCUCACUCUGGGCUGGACGACAGCAGACUGAGCCCGUUGUCCAAGAGGUCUAAGCCGACUUACUUAGCUGUGGAUAAAGAGAACCAAAUCAUCGGCUAUGUAGUGCCUAUCUUCAGGGGCAGUGAGGAGUUUGCGUCAGGAUAUUCGGGUUCAGAGGAGGCCAGGGUGAGAGGCUCUGCUUCAAACAUGGCACGCAGGAAUCUGUUCACCAGUGGCCUAGAGAUGGAGAGGUCAGAGCAGAUCUCCAGGAAGGAGGCCAUGCGCGAGUCGGCCGAACGCAUCUGUCUGAACAAAAGGAUCCAUGAACACGAGGAACACUUCAAGCGCAUGAACGAAGACAGCCUGAUGCACUCCCCAGAGUUUGUGAUUAAACCUCGCUCCCACACCGUGUGGGAGAAGCAAUGUGUGCGGCUGCAUUGCACCGUCAGCGGCUGGCCCGACCCAAGGGUGGUCUGGUACAAAAACAAUGUGGCUAUUGACCCCCUUGCCAACCCCGGCAAGUAUAAACUAGAGAGCAAAUACAGCGUUCACUCCCUGGAAAUCAACAGAUGUGAUUUCGAUGACACGGCGCAGUAUCGCGUCUCUGCCAUGAACUCCAAAGGAGAGCUGUCUGCGUUUGCCUCCGUCGUUGUCAAGAGGUUCAAAGGUGAAGUUGAUGAGAACCUGCCAGCACCCAGACGGGCCAAAACUACAGAGGGUCCUGUGUCUGAGUACGGCAUUACCUUCCAGACUCAUAUUGUGGAUAGGUUUGGGGUUUCAUUCGGAAGAGAGGGUGAAACCAUGAGUCUGGGGUGCACAGUCGUCAUCUACCCGGUUCUGCACCGGUACCAGCCUGAGGUCCAGUGGUACCGAGAUGACGUCCUGCUGUCUCCUUCUAAAUGGUACCAAAUGCACUGGAGUGGAGACAAAGCCACACUGACGUUCACACACCUCAACAAGGAGGAUGAGGGACUCUACACCCUACGUGUCACCACCAAGUCUGGUUAUGAGACCUACUCAGCCUACUUGUUUGUCCGAGAUGCGGAUGCUGAGGUUGAAGGAGCUCCAGGUGCCCCUCUGGACGUGCGCUGUCUGGACGCCAACAAGGAUUACAUCAUUGUCACUUGGAAGCAGCCAGCUGUCGACGGUGGAAACUCUAUCCUUGGCUACUUCGUGGACAGAUGUGAGGUUGGGACCACCCACUGGAUCCAAUGCAAUGACACCCCGGUCAAGUUCGCCCGUUUCCCAGUGACAGGCCUGGUGGAGGGUCGCUCUUAUGUCUUCCGUGUUCGUGCUGUCAACAGUAGUGGCAUGAGUCACCCGUCCCGAGUGUCAGAGCCAGUGGCUGCCAUGGAUCCGGCGGACCGUGCACGUAUGAGAGGUACCUCUGCUCCCUGGACUGGACAGAUCAUCGUCACAGAGGAGGAACCAGCAGAGUCCAUGGUUCCUGGAAGACCUGGUGAUCUGCAGGUUACCGAGGCGACCAAGAAUUACCUGGUGCUGAGCUGGAAACCGCCUGGAGAGAAAGGCCUUGAAGGUGUCAUGUACUAUGUGGAGAAGUGUGUCUCGGGCACAGACAGCUGGCAGAGGGUGAACACAGAGAUCCCAGUCAAAUCUCCUCGCUUUGCACUGUUCGAUCUCGCUGAAGGGAAGUCCUACAGCUUCCGUGUCCGCUGCUGCAACUCUGCAGGCGUCGGCGAGCCAUCUGAACCGACUGAGGCCACAACAGUCGGCGACAAGCUUGAUAUCCCAGCUGCUCCAGGCAAAGUUGUCCCCACCAGGAACACUGACACGUCAGUUGUUGUGUCUUGGGAAGCCUCCCGCGACGCCAAAGAGUUGGUGGGAUACUACAUUGAGGCCAGUGUGGUGGGCAGCAAUGUCUGGGAGCCUUGCAACAACAAACCUGUAAAUGCUACCAGGUUCAUCUGCCAUGGUCUGGUCACAGGAGAGACGUACGUCUUCAGGGUGAGGGCAGUGAACGCAGCAGGGCUCAGCCAGUUCUCCCCAGAAUCAGAGCCCAUUGAGGUGAAGGCUGCUAUCGCAUCCCCUGCUCCACCCUAUGGCAUCAGUGUCCUGGAGUGUGUGCGUGACUCCAUGGUGCUCGGGUGGAAACAGCCGAGCUUUAUCGGCGGAGCUGAAAUCACCGGUUACUUUGUGGAUUACCGUGAGGUGGUUGAUGGAGUUCCAGGGCAGUGGCACGAGGCCAAUAUCAAGGCCGUCAGCGAAAGGGCCUACAGAGUGUCUGACCUGAAGGAGAACAGGAAGUACCAGUUCCAGGUGAGAGCAGCCAACAUGGCGGGCGUCGGCAUCCCGUCUCUGCCCAGUGACAUCUUCCUGUGUGAGGAGUGGACCAUCGCUGUACCAGGACCUCCUUAUGAUCUCCAGCUGAGAGAGGUGCGUAGCGACUCUGUGGUGUUGCUAUGGAAACCACCAGUGUACCAGGGCCGCGAUCCUGUCAAUGGAUUUUACAUCGACAUCAAGGAGGCGGAGGCACCAGAGGAGGCCUGGAGGGGCGUCAACACCAAGGCCACGGAAAAGACCUACAUUAAGAUUAAGAAUCUUAAAGAAGGAGAGACAUACAUGUUCCGUGUUCGUGCUCAGAAUCAAGCCGGUGUUGGAAAAACCUCCGAUGCCACAGAGCCGGUGGUCGCUCUCACCAAACCAGGCACUAAGGAGAUAGUUGUGGAUGUUGAUGAUGACGGUGUGAUCUCCCUGAACUUUGAAUGCGGUGACAUGACCCCUGACUCUAAGUUUGUUUGGUCCAAGGACUAUGAGGAGAUCACAGACUCAUCUCGUCUGACUGUAGAGACCAAGGGAAAUAAGUCCAAAAUAGUUUUCAACAGCCCCGGGGAGGAGGACAUUGGGAUUUACUCAUGCCUUGUCACUCAGACUGAUGGUACUUCAUCCAGCUAUACUUUAUCUGAGGAAGAGUUGAAAAGGCUGCUGCAGAUCAGUCACGACCACAAAUUCCCCAUUAUUCCCCUGAAGUCAGAGUUGGCUGUGGAGCUGAUGGAGAAGGGCAGAGUCCGCUUUUGGCUGCAGGCGGACAAGAUUUCAGCCAACGCCAAAAUCGAUUACGUGUUCAAUGAUAAUCCGAUUUCACAUGGGGAGAAAUACAAGAUGAAUUUCGAUAAGAACACCGGUGUGAUUGAGAUGGUCAUGGAUUCUUUGACUCGGAUGGAUGAGGGAACCUACACCUUCCAGCUGCAGGACGGGAAAGCCACCAAUCAGUCCAGCCUGGUACUGAUCGGGGAUGUGUUCAAGGAGCUGCAGAAGGAGUCAGAGUUCCAGAUGAAAGAAUGGGUCAGAAAACAAGGUCCUCACUUUAUCGAGUACUUGGGCUACGAGGUGACGCCAGAGUGCUGCGUCGUACUGAAGUGCAAGGUUGGAAACAUGAAGAAGGAAACGUCUGCGCUGUGGUACAAAGACGGACAUGAGAUUAAAUCAGACAACAACCUGGGCUUCACAGAGGGAGUCCUCAAACUGGAAAUAGCGCAGAUUUCCAAGAAGGACUCUGGUGUGUAUGAGGUGGUUCUGAAGGAUGACAGAGGAAAAGACACGUCCACUCUGAACCUGAAGGAUCAAGGUUUCAAAGACUUGAUGAAUGAAGUUUUCAGCUUUAUCGCUAAUUCUUCCACUCCACUGAAGAUCACAAGCACAGAUGAAGGCAUCCGACUCUACACUUUCGUCAGCUACUACAACGAUUUACUGCAAGUGACAUGGCACUAUAAAGAUUCAGCCAUUGCCUUCUCUGACCGUAUAAAGAGUGGUGUAGUGGGAGAACAGCUGUGGCUGCAGAUCACAGACCCCACAGAAAAAGACAUGGGCAAAUACGCCAUUGAGUUCAAUGACGGAAAAGGCGGCCUGAGGAGAACCGCUGAGUUGAGCGGUCAAGCAUUUGAUGACGCUUUUGCAGAAUUCCAGAGACUCAAGGCUGCUGCCCUUGCAGAGAGAAACCGUGCUCGUGUAGCAGGAGGUCUUCCUGAUGUGGUCACCAUACAGGAGGGCAAGGCCCUCAAUCUGACCUGUAACAUUUCGGGUAACCCCGUGCCAGAGGUCACCUGGCUGAAGAAUGACAGAGAGAUCACAUCCGACGACCACUGCAUCCUGAAGUUCGAGUCGGGCAAGUUCGCCAGUUUCACCAUCACCGGCGUGAACAUAUCGGACUCUGGCAAGUACAGCAUCCUGGUGAAGAACAAGUAUGGCACGGAGAGCGGGGACUUCACCGUAAGUGUGUUCAUCCCUGAAGACGCGGACAGCAAGAAAAAAUAAAAGCGGUCCAAAUCAUGUCGUAAAUAUGUAUAAAUGAAAAGAGAAAAAAAAAGAAGAAAAGAAAAAACAGCUUGAGGAUGUGUUCGAUGUUUAUGUAGGAAAUGAAGUCAAAAGGUGCUGAACAAUCUGAACGCAUUAUAGUUCAGAGAGAAAUCCAAACUUAAAGCAUAAAUGAACAUCUGUGCAUAAACAUUUGGUCCAAUAAUAACAAAUCUAAUAUCAGCUGAAGGCUUUUGUGACAUUAUGCCAACUCCAAAUUUCACUGGUGCAAAGUUAGUUUUUGUUUGUGUAAAGUUGUUGUUUGCUUCAGAAGACAAAAGGAAGUUGUAACUGCAGAAAGAAAACCAGAGGUAAUAGUUCAAGUUAGAAAUUAAAUUAUAAAGUUAGUGUGGAAUGUCUAAUGUAUUGACCUUUGUAACAUCAUCCAGUUCAGAUAUGGAAAAAACCAACUCGCAGGGACUUGAAACAUGCAUUUUAUUGCCGUGAACUGAGAUUUACUGUCAGGCAAUUGGAUGGUGCGUUCAAAUUCUGUUAGGAAUUUAGGACAUCAUGCAUUUGAGAUUCUGUUUUAAUUGUAAGAACAGGUUUCGCCAGGUGGAUUAACCAUCACAAACCAGUUUCAGGUCUCUGCACUUUGAUUUUUACUCCCUAAUGUUGCAAACUUACAACAGUUCUUUAAAGCAAAGCAGUAGAAAACACAGAAAUUACUAUAUUUUUUUUUUUUUUGCUUAAGAAAAUCUGCAAAAUUGCUAUCAAAUGAGCUAAAACAUGGUCGUUUAAUGUUACAUGUCAUUUCAUCAGUUGUUUACUCCAUUGUUUCCCAGUCACUGUGAACGUCACCUCACUGUCUCCACGUCUGUAGUGAAUAUGUCAGCUCACUGUCAUAUCAUUAUUGUCUAUGUAUUCACCAUUAUGACCCCCCCCCCCCUUCACAGUCCUUCAUUAAUGAUUAUGAUGACUCCUUUCUUCACGAUGAAGAUGAAAUUGUUGCCACUCCUGUAAGGACUCCGAGGUCACUGUUAAUAUGAGUCUGUAGUGAUUAUUUGUUCCCCUGUUUCUUGGUGAGACUAAUAAAAAAUGAGCAUGUUCUUCCCCA